AUGGCUAAUUCCACCUCCUCGGCCAACCAGGCCCGCAUCCGACAAGCCCUAGAGCAUGCCCGAAAUUGCGAAGAUGGAAAUAUCGACCGUCAAACCAGCGAAAUCCUCGAGGCCGCCAUCACCGACCUAUGGCGGAGGAUACAGAGCCAGCCCGACAGUUACGUCCUGAGCCGGGACGAGUUUGCGCUGUUCAAUUAUUUUCUCCGGCGAUUCAAUGGUUCGCCCGUGGCGCGAAGAGCCGUAGAGCGGUUCUGGAAUAAUUAUCAAGGAACCGGCUCGAGUGUCGACGGAAGCAAGACAUAG